AUCACUUCUGUUUCAUUCACUCAGCAAGUUAUUCUCGUAAGUUUUACAUUCAAUCAUGUCUGGUCGAGGUAAAGGAAAGGCAAAGGGCACCAAGUCCAAGAGCCGCUCAUCCCGAGCAGGGCUUCAGUUCCCAGUUGGUCGUAUCCACCGUCUUCUCCGCAAAGGCAACUACGCUGAGCGUGUUGGCGCCGGUGCUCCAGUGUACUUGGCUGCAGUUCUCGAGUAUUUGAGUGCCGAGAUCCUGGAGUUGGCGGGCAACGCUGCUCGUGACAACAAGAAGACAAGAAUCAUCCCCCGUCACCUUCAGCUGGCUGUCCGUAAUGACGAGGAGUUGAACAAACUGCUCGCCGGUGUCACCAUCGCACAGGGAGGUGUUCUUCCCAACAUCCAGGCUGUACUUCUGCCCAAGAAGACCGAGAAGAAAGCCAAAGCUUAAAUAAGCUUUGACUCACA